GAUAAACAAAAACGUCCACCUCUAGAGAAAUAUUUUGUUGACAUAUUUUUGUAUUGGAAAAUAAAAAUAACUAUGCUUACUUCCAUGGUAAAGGAGCACCACAAGGAGCAGGCAAAGCGGAAGCAAGAGCAGGAGGUGCGAAGAAAAGAGGCCAUAGAAGCCUCCAAUGAGCUCACCCAAUCUCUGGUGGACACACUAAACGUGGGCGUGGCACAGGCCUACUUAAACCAAAAGCGCCUGGAUGCAGAGGCAAAGCAGCUCCAUAUGGGAGCUACCAACUUCGCCAAGCAGACCCACCAGUGGCUGCAGCUUAUUGACAAUUUCAGCAGUGCCCUCAAAGAGUUGGGCGAUGUGGAAAACUGGGCCCGCAGCAUUGAGGGCGACAUGUAUGUGAUAAGCCAGAGUUUGGAGCUGGCCUACAAAGCCUCCAGAGCCACGCAGGGUCCAGGAACUGGGGACGCUUCAACUUCUUCGACUGCCAACAAUCCAAGUUCCAAUGCUUCGUGAGAUGCCUUCUUUAAUUCAGGCUAAAUUAAAAUAUAUAUUAUCUAAUGCUUUAUUAUACUC